CCUGCUGGGCGCCAUGGACAUCGGAGAGCUCCGCCAGAUGCUGGACCGGACCGGGCAGGCCCACGUGCUGAACUUCUGGGAUGAGCUGGACUCAGAGCAGCAGAGGGAGCUGCAGGCUGAGCUGCAGGCGCUGAACGUGGAAGAGCUGAAUGUCGUCUUCCGGAAGGCCAUGGACAGCUUCCAGCAAGCAGCCAGGCACGAGAAGGUGGACGCCCGCAUGGAGCCUGUGCCCCGUCAAGUGCUGGGCAGUGCCACCCGAGACCAGGACCAGCUGCAGGCCUGGGAAAGUGAAGGCCUUCUUCAGAUCUCUCAGAACAAAGUGGCCGUCCUUCUGCUGGCAGGUGGGCAGGGCACCCGGCUCGGGGUGUCCUACCCCAAGGGCAUGUAUGAUGUGGGCUUGUUGUCCCGGAAGAGCCUCUUCCAGGUGCAGGCUGAGCGUAUCUUGCGGCUGCAGCAGAUGGCAGAGCAACGCCAUGGUGGCACAUGCACCAUUCCCUGGUACAUCAUGACCAGCGGUCGGACCAUGGAGGCCACACGUGCCUUCUUCACCAAGCACGGCUUUUUUGGACUGCGGCAAGACGAUGUGGUGUUCUUCCAGCAGGGCAUGCUGCCCGCCCUCAGCUUCGACGGCAAGGUCAUCCUGGAGGGCAAGGGCAAAGUGGCCAUGGCUCCUGAUGGGAACGGUGGUUUGUACCGGGCGCUGGCCACUCACUGCAUUGUGGCAGACAUGGAGCGCCGGGGCGUGUCCCUGGUUCAUGUGUACUGUGUGGACAACAUCCUGGUGAAAGUGGCUGACCCCCGUUUCAUCGGCUUCUGUGUACAGAAAGGAGCUGACUGCGGGGCCAAGGUGGUGGAGAAAACCAACCCCACAGAGCCAGUGGGUGUGGUAUGCCGUGUGGACGGGGUAUACCAGGUGGUGGAGUACAGCGAGAUCUCUUUGGCCACUGCACAGAGGCGCAGCCCUGACGGGCGGCUGCUCUUCAACGCAGGCAACAUCGCCAACCACUUCUUCACCGUGGCCUUUCUGCGGGAUGUGGUUGAGGUGUUUGAGUCUCAGCUGCAGCACCAUGUGGCUCAAAAGAAGAUCCCGUAUGUGGAUCCCCAGGGGCAGCUGGUCCAGCCUGACAAGGCCAACGGGAUCAAGAUGGAGAAGUUUGUCUUUGACAUCUUCCGGUUCGCCAAGAACUUCGUGGUGUUCGAGGUGCUGCGGGAGGAUGAGUUCUCACCACUCAAGAAUGCUGAUAGCCAGGAUGGCAAGGACAACCCCACCACGGCCCGCCACGCGCUCAUGUCUCUGCACCACUGCUGGGUGCUCACGGCUGGCGGCCACUUCAUUGAUGAGAAUGGCUCACGGCUACCUGCCAUCCCUCGCCUCAAGGACGCCAGUGACUCGCUCAUUCAGUGUGAAGUGUCGCCUCUAGUCUCCUACGCAGGGGAGGGUCUGGAGGGUCUUGUGGCUGGCAAAGAGUUCCAUGCCCCAUUGAUCAUCGAUGAGAAUGGGGUACACGAGCUAGUGAGCAACGGUCUGUGAGUGGAGUGGACAUGCCUAGAUGCACAGAUUUGCCAUGCAGGCCCCGGUCUCUGCAUAACUACGUUGCCCGUCGGUUCCACGAAGGUCUUAUUUAUAUUUUGGGAUUGUCAAUCUUUAUCCUCGAGCCGAGGAGAUCUGGGCUUCCCAGCCCAGCCUGCCCCCGUGCUGGAUGGAGGACUUCUACUGUACUCAGAGUUAGUUUCACCCAUAUGGACCUUUUUUAUUUUUAAGAAAACGAUUGGACUGUGAAAAUAAAGGUCGUCCCUCUUCUCGGAAA